AUGGCUCCGACCAGAUCAUCGGCCUCGUGGCUUUCAUCAGCCCUGGCCAUAUGUGCUGUACUCUGUCUUGCUGUGCCCGCCAAUGCCCUCUACUUCUAUAUGGACGGCCGUCAAACAAAAUGCUUCUUUGAGGAUUUGCCCAAGGACACUCUGGUUGUUGGAAACUUCAAGACCGAAGUCAUCAACCAGCAGUCCAACACGUACUCGGUCGACCCAAGCUUAAAGAUGCUCAUCACCGUCGACGAGACCUUCGACAACGACCACCGCGUCGUCUCAAAGCGCGACGGCCACGCCGGCCGCUUCACCUUCUCCGCCGCCGACGCCGGCCAGCACAGAAUCUGUCUGACGCCCGACACCAACGCUGCCAUUGGAGGCUGGCUGUCCGGUGCCCCCGCGGGCGCCGUCAGGGUGAACCUGGACAUUGCCAUCGGCGAGACGAGCAAGAUCGAGACCGAGGACAAGGACAAGAUGAAGGAUAUUGUGCAGAAGGUCAAGGAUCUCAAUGGGCGGUUACAGGACAUUCGUCGUGAGCAGGUGUUCCAACGGGAGCGUGAAGCUGAAUUCCGUGAUCAAUCCGAGGCUACCAACGGCAGAGUUGUGCGCUGGACCCUCAUCCAACUCGCCGUGCUUUCCGCUACAUGUGCCUGGCAACUGUCACAUCUCCGGUCCUUCUUCAUCAAGCAGAAGCUGACGUAA